UUUUCCUUAAUUUCUAAUUCUCCAUUUUCACGACAUUGCCUCCCCUCCCUUCUCAUUUUCAAGAAAAAAAAACCCUUUCUCUGUUCCUCCCACAGUCCUCCCAGUACAGUAUUACUCUGUACUUUAGUCGGUAGUCUCUAAGUCAGGCAGGCCGCAGUCGGCAGAUUUUUCCAAAACCCUCACCGGCGCCGCUCGGCCGCAGCAGCCCAGCCCUUCUCUUUCUCAGUUUCUCUUCUUAGCGUAACUUGCUGCAGCAUAACCAACUUUAAACAUGGGGGACAGCGAAACUGUUGUUGCUCAGGCAUCUACUGUUAUUGGCGAUAUGCCCCAUAGUUAUCAAUCCAGUGAUUAUGCGGAUGCCAACUCAGUAGCUCCUGAUAAUUCCGCAAUUCAAACAAGUGCUGUGCCUGCUGAAGAUUCAACUGAUGCAGUCCAUGCAAGCACUCAUAUAGAUACUGGAAUGUCUCACAUUGAUCCAACUUCCACUGCUCUAGCUGUUUCUGCUACUUCUGGUGAGGAAUCAAGGCCGUCUAUUGGGGAAGAUGGUAAUAACCAGACUUCUGCAGCAGAUGAAAGCACAUCGAUGGAAGUGAACCAGACAGCUAUGUAUGAUGCAAGUGCAAAUGGGAUGGUUGCUACUCUGGUAAAUGGAAACGUUACUAGUUCCCAUGAGGUGCAUGCAGCAAUAUCUGAUCAACAGCUUGAGGAUGGUGCAGCUUUAUCAGCUGAAGAAGAACGUCUAUGGAACAUCGUGAAAACCAAUUCUUUAGAUUUCAAUGCAUGGACCUCAUUGCUUGAAGAAACAGAAAGGGUGGCACAGGAUAAUAUCUUAAAAAUUCGCAAAGUUUACGAUUCUUUUCUUGCGGAGUUCCCAUUGUGUUAUGGUUAUUGGAAGAAAUAUGCAGAUCACGAAGCUCGUUUUGGAGAUAUUAAUAAAGUUGUGGAUGUGUAUGAACGAGCAGUUCAAGGGGUCACAUAUUCUGUGGAUAUUUGGUUGCACUAUUGUGGGUUUACAAUCACCACAUAUGGAGAUCCUGAAACUGUAAGAAGGUUGUUUGAGCGAGCAUUGGCAUAUGUUGGAACAGAUUAUCUCUCUUACCCCCUUUGGGAUAAGUAUAUAGAAUAUGAAUAUACACAGCAGCAAUGGGAACGUCUUGCCAUGAUAUAUACCAGGAUAUUGGAGAAUCCAAAUCAACAAUUGGAUCGCUAUUUUACAAGUUUCAAGGAGUUAGCUAGCAGUCGACCUCUGGCAGAGCUUAGAACUGCUGAAGAAGCAGCAGCAGCUACCGCAGCUAUUUCCAACGCAGAAUCUGAUGUUCAAGGAUCUGAAAAUGAGGUUUAUCCUGAUGCGUUAGAAGAAUCUUCUAAAACUGUGAGUGCUGGCUUAACAGCAGCGGAAGAGUUGGAGAAGUAUAUUGCAGUUAGAGAAGAGAUAUAUAAGAAAUCUAAGGAGUUUGAUUCUAAGAUCAUUGGUUUUGAAACGGCUAUCCGAAGGCCAUACUUCCAUGUGCGGCCCUUGAAUGAUGCAGAACUAGAAAAUUGGCACAACUACCUGGAUUUUAUUGAAAGAGAAGGGGACUUCAACAAGAUCUUCAAGUUAUAUGAAAGAUGCCUCGUGGCAUGUGCUAACUAUCCCGAGUUUUGGAUAAGAUACAUUUUCUGUAUGGAAGCUAGUGGAAGCAACGAUCUUGCAGACAAUGCACUUGCUCGUGCUACCCAAGUCUUUGUAAAGAGGCAACCUGAGAUUCACCUUUUUGCUGCUCACUUUAAAGAGCAGCGCGGUGAUAUUCCUGGAGCUCAUGCCGCCUAUCAACUUCUGCACACUGAGAUUUCUCCUGGGCUUUUGGAGGCCAUCAUUGAGCAUGCAAAUAUGGAACGUAGGCUGGGAAAAAUGGAAGAUGCUUUCUUGUUAUAUGAACAAGCUAUUGCCAUUGAGAAAGGAAAAGAACAUUCACAAACCUUACCCAUGCUUUUUGCUCAGUAUUCUCGAUUUGUUUACCUGGUUUAUGGUAAUGCAGAAAAAGCUCGAGAUAUUCUAGUUGGAGCACUUGAUCAUGUUCAAAUGUCUAAGCCCCUUCUCGAGGCAUUAUUAUAUCUAGAAUCAAUCCAGUCACCCCCAAAGAGAAUAGAUUAUAUAGACUCCUUGGUUGAAAAGUACCUCACUCCAACACCUGAGAGUUCUGAUGCUGCGAGUAUACUUGAAAGAGAAGAAUUAUCAAGCAUAUAUUUGGAGUUUCUGGGUCUGUUUGGUGAUGUACAAUACUUAAAGAAGGCUAAAUAUCGACAUGCCCGGCUGUUUUUACGCCAUAGGAGAUCGUCAGAAUCAAGAAAGCGUAAUGCUGAUGAUUUUUUAACUUCUGACAAGGCAAAACUUUCAAAAUCUUACUCUGGUGUUUCCUCAACAACCCCAUCAGCAUAUCCUACUGCUCAAAAUCAAUGGGCAUCAGGUUAUGGACCACAGGCACAACCUUGGCCACAAACUGCUCAGACUGCAGGGCAGCAAUAUAACCCUGCCUAUGCCCAACAGCCUGCAUAUACUGGAUAUUACGGAAGCGGUUAUGCUCCUCAACCCGUGUCUGUGUCUGCAGCUCAAACGGCUGCUUAUGGUGCUUACCCUUCGACAUACCCAGCACAGCCGGCUCAACAGGCAUAUGUGGCACCGGUAACCGCAGUGCCUGCAGUGGCAACUCCAGUACAAACACAACCUGGUGCUGUUCCUCAAGCAUAUUACGGAAGUUACUAUUGAAACUGUCAGGUGUAUUCUCUCAUGAGCUGUAUUGCUGGAUGCAUUUUCUUCCUACCGUUUUCAGCAUGUUUGGCAGUGAGAGGUACCUCAGUGGUUGCACUGCCUGUGCUGAUGGAUACAUUGUUCCUUUUUUUGGGAGAUACGAUUAUGUCGCAGCAUUGUAGAAAGACGAAAAGAACAUGUGCUAGUUUUUUUUAUUCUUAGUGAUUUUGUAGGCUAGGAUGAUUAGGCUAGUGAAAAGUACUAGACAAACUUUGUGUGGGUACUGCUUGUAUUGUUUCUUUUCUAUCUAGUGGCUAUAUUUGCUGAAUUAGUUUUGUUGCU